CUAAGAUAGACUUGAGAAAGGAGCUGUGCGCUCUCCUCAGGCUGCGGGGGAUGUAGCUAAUCACUCGGCAACCAUGAGAGAUCGGGGCAAUUCCCGUAAGACGGCUGACAGCUCGGUGGUCGCUGAUGAGGCGGCUGGGAUGGAGGCAGUGCACCAGGGGGAUCGGAUUCGCAAGGGGAAGAUGGUGCGGGUGGAAGAGGAGUCGGAGGAAUAAGAGCCACCUUAUACGAGCUUGGCCGCUGGAUUGGUGGACUCAUAUGCCAUUAUGUCGGAUGAACCUGCGUGUCCGUUUGAAAUCCGGGCUCGGGCUCCCCCUUUGAUGGAAUCGGCUUGUCAACCAGCCGGGCCGGGCCGGGUUAGGCAGGUGAUCCAAGCUUUCGAGGCUGUGACUAUGGCGGGUGGCCCUAGGAGUGAGAUGAAGGAGAAUGUGAUCCCUCCCUCUUUCAAUGAGUAUGGCUCGAACAAGGAACUGUUUGGGAUGGGCGGCCGGAAGCGUUCGUGGGAGGAGAUUAUGGGGGAGGGUGAGGAAAACCCGACGCUGAAAAAACAGUUUGUGGAGGAAGUCGAUGAGGAUACUCUGAAGUCUGUGGAGGAAGCCAGCCGGGAAUGGCCCCAGACGGAUAAAUGAAGAUUUUGGCUUGGAAUGUGAGAGGAAUUGGACCCUCCCUCACGUUCCAAAUUGCUGUGGGUCUUGUUCGGUAGAAUAAACCGGAUCUUGUUUUCUUUUCGGAAACUCGAUCUCGUAGGCGUGUCGUCUCACGUCGUUUGCGGGGACUAGGUUUUCAGGUUUCAGAUUGUUAUUUCGUGGAUGCAGUUGAUGCCUCUGGUGGUCUAGUUGUAGCUUGGUCCCCUGAAGUUGAUGCUUCGGUGUUUUUUCAUUCGGAUUUUGCUAUUUGUACUCGUAUUAAUGAAAUGAAUUUUUCUUA